CAGAGGGCGGAGCCCGAAGUGUCAUGGCGGCCCCCUUUCGCCGCCCAUCGCUUCAACGCGGGGAAGAACCUUCCCGGAGGGAAAGAGAAGCCGGGCCGCCUUUCGCCUCCUCCUCCCGGGCAAAGCUGCCGCGGGGAGGCCCGGAGCUCGCCUCUGAUGGCGCUCCGCAAUUCUACACGCAUCGUAUCGUUCGCACCGUUACGAUGGUGACACGUGUCGACUCCCCCCCCCCUCCUCCGCAUAGCCAGACGCGUGUCAGGGCCUUCCCGUGACGCAGGAGGCUCCAUUUGGAAGGGUGGCCAAGUUUAAUUUAUCAUUUCAUCCAGUGGAUUAAUAAUAAUUCCUUGUUAUAAAUCGAUGGAAGGUUGUCCAGCCUUUAAUUUAUUAUUUUAUUAAGUUGAUCGUUUAUUAAAAAUUAAUGUAUUGACUUGUCAUGUUUAUUACUAUGCAUUAAGUUAAUGGAUGUAAGUAAUGAUGGCCAUCCCUUAAUUUAUUAAAUGAAUCAUAAAUGAAGGACAAGCCCUUAGUUUAUUAUAUCAUUUUUCAUUUCAAUUAUUAUAGUAUAAUAAUUUGCUAUGAUGCAAUUAUUAAAUUAAUCAUAAAUGAAGGAAGGAAGUUUGUUAUUUCAUUGAAUUGUGUAAUAAUUCACUAUAAUACAUAAAAUUAUUGGUAUAGUGAAGGACACCCCUUUAUUAUUUAUUAAAUUAAUCUUAAAUGAAGGAAGGAAGUUUGUUAUUUCAUUGAAUUGUGUAAUAAUUCAAUAUGAUACAUAAAAUUAUUGGUAUAGUGAAGGACACCCCUUUAUUAUUUAUUAAAUUAAUCUUAAAUGAAUGAAGGACAAGCCCGUAGUUUUAUUAUUUCGUUGAAUUGUGUAAUAAUUUACUAUGAUACAUAAAAUUAUUGAUAUAAUGAAGGACACCCCUUUAUUAUUUAUUAAAUUAAUCUUAAAUGAGUGAAGGACAAGCCCUUAGUUUAUUAUUUCGUUGAGUUGUAUAAUAAUUUACUAUGAUGCAAUUAUUAAAUUAAUCAUAAAUGAAGGAAGGAAGUUUGUUAUUUCAUUGAAUUGUGUAAUAAUUUACUAUGAUACAUAAAAUUAUUGAUAUAAUGAAGGACACCCCUUUAUUAUUUAUUAAAUUAAUCUUAAAUGAAGGAAGGACAAGCCCUUAGUUUAUUAUUUCAUUGAGUUGUAUAAUAAUUUACUAUGAUGCAAUUAUUAAAUUAAUCAUAAAUGAAGGAAGGAAGUUUGUUAUUUCAUUGAAUUGUGUAAUAAUUCAAUAUGAUACAUAAAAUUAUUGAUAUAGUGAAGGACACCCCUUUCUUAUUUAUUAAAUUAAUCUUAAAUGAAUGAAGGACAAGCCCGUAGUUUUAUUAUUUCGUUGAAUUGUGUAAUAAUUUACUAUGAUACAUAAAAUUAUUGAUAUAAUGAAGGACACCCCUUUAUUAUUUAUUAAAUUAAUCUUAAAUGAGUGAAGGACAAGCCCUUAGUUUAUUAUUUCGUUGAAUUGUGUAAUAAUUUACUAUGAUACAUAAAAUUAUGGGUAUAAUGAAGGACACCCCCUUAUUAUUUAUUAAAUUAAUCUUAAAUGAAGGAAGGAAGUUUAUUAUUUCAUUGAAUUGUAUAAUAAUUCACUUUGAUACAUAAAAUUAUUGGUGUAAUGAAGGACGUCUCUUAAUUUAUUAUUCAUUUAAUUAAUCAUCAUAGAAUAGAAUAGAAUUUUUUAUUGGCCAAGUGUGAUGGGACACACAAGGAAUUUGUCUUGGUGCAUAUGCUCUCAGUGUACAUAAAAGAAAAGAUACCUUCAUCAAGAAACUUCAUUUCCUCUUGGCCUCCGUUUCCUUCCUGAAUAAAACCGCUUGAAGUUGAACCUGGAAUUUUGGCUCUACCCAGGGUAAACGCUUAGUAGAAACGCCGUCCGAGUAGAGUCUCGCUUAGUGGCCGUCGUCGCGAAGACCCUUUGAAGAGUUCCUGAUGGAUGCCGAACUCUCUGUGGAGGGUCCUCCGGUUACGCCGGACUUGCCAGGGUUAACCGACAAUGGCGGGGGGGAAGCUGGAGAAACAUCUGGACCAGCUUCCAAAGUGCCGAGGCUCAACGGAGCUGGAGAAGAAGAAAAUCCAGCUGUCCAUGGACUUUCUCGAGAAGAAGACGAAUCCAGCCUGAAGGAUGCCGCGCCGGACUACGAAGAAAAGCCAGACAACGAGAAGGAGGAAGAAGUGGUGGAAGAAAGUGGAGCAUGGACCGACCGAGGGGAAUAUUACUUUCCAGCGUACGAUUUUAUGGAGGCCCCCCGACUUUUGACAGGCUCGUGGGCCGAGUAUAGCCGCACCCCAGAAAACUUCUUGAAGGGCUGCAAGUGGGCCCCCGAUGGGACCUGCCUGGUUACCAACAGUGCCGACAACACACUGCGAAUAUACAACCUUCCUCCAGAGUUGUAUGCGGAGCAGUGGGGAGACGUGGCUGAAAUGAGUCCCGUCCUGCGCAUGGCGGAAGGAGACACCCUCUACGACUACUGCUGGUUCCCGCUGAUGAAUUCCUCCCAACCGGAAACGUGCUUCCUGGCCAGCAGCAGCCGAGACAACCCCGUCCACGUGUGGGAUGCCUUCAGUGGGCAGCUCCGGGCCUCUUUUCGCCCCUACAACCACUUGGACGAGCUGACGGCCGCCCACUCGCUCUGCUUCACUCCGGACGGCGCCCGGCUCUUCUGCGGCUUUGACAAGAUGGUGCGCGUGUUCGACACGUCGCGGCCCGGACGGUCGUGCGAAAACAGACCGACGUUCGUGAAGAAACAAGGGCAAAGCGGAAUUAUCUCUUGCAUCGCGUUCAGCCCGACGCAACCGCUCUACGCCUGCACGUCGUACGCGAAGACCGUCGGCCUCUACUCCCGUGCCGAGGGAGACCCCUUGGCGAUGCUCGUCGGGCACCGCGGUGGCGUCACCCACGCCGUCUUCUCCCCGGACGGCUUUUACCUCUUCACGGGCGGUCGGAAGGACGCCGAGAUUCUCUGCUGGGACCUCCGACAGCCGGGCGAGAUCGUCUUCGCGCUUUCCCGCACGGUGGCCACCAACCAGAGGAUUUAUUUUGACCUGGAUCCGAGCGGACGGUAUUUGCUGAGCGGGAACACCAGUGGCCAGAUUACAGCCUGGGACACCACCCAGCCUCCCCCCGCUGACCCCCCGGCCGUGUUGCAGCCCGUCCUGCAGUUCCAGGCCGUGGGAGACUGUGUGAACGGGAUCAGCCUCCACCCCAGCCUCCCGCUGUUGGCCACGGCCUCUGGCCAGCGCCAGUUUCCCGACCUGCCAGACAGUGGAGAGGACGAGGCGGAAGGAGGAGGAGGAGGCGAGGACCGUCUGCCCUCCACCCCUCCUCGGGCGCGGGGCGACAACGCUCUCCGGCUGUGGUGGUGCUCCUCUCCAUCGGCCGUCGAGGGGGACGUUUCCUAGCCCGGAAGACCAGACUCAAAACAGACUUCGGCGGCGGCUGGGACCGCGAGGAGCCGAACAAGAAUCGCGGCGCACUUGCCGGCGGUGCUGCACCCCAUGUGCACAAAGCCGGGCGCAUAACCACGACUCCCGGACGGGGUGUGAAUCCUUCCGCACGGACGUUGAGAACUUUUGAGGACGGGACUUUGUGCGGAAACACAACCGCCAAGGGGUGUUUUCAGGGAGCAGAAAGCGCCGAGAGGUCUCAGGAGACGCCCUGAAAUCUUUCUUCUUGGUCUCCUUUCCUUUUUUCAACCCAAGGAGGGCACUGGAUUUUUUUUUUCCCUUGCAGGUUUCUUUUCCCAGAAUUCCUUGCUUCUCUGAUGUAUUGGUGUUUUUUUCUGGCUUUGCCCAACUGACGGAUUUCGGCCGUGAUUUUUCCUCGGCUUUUUUCCAGAUUUAGGCGGAAAUUCCUUCUUUCCAAGACUUAUUUUCUCACAGAAAAAAAACAAAAAAACACGCGGUGCAAGAGUUAGCCAAAGUUUCUACCGUUGGAAUACGUACCGUUUGAAGUCUUUCUCGCCAAUCUCAAACUCAUGAGUGUCAAUAAAUUGGGAAGUAUUUUUA